AAUCGUGACUCCUUGGAAAGGUUCCAAAAGAAUACUCCCUCGUCAUGAGACGCAGCUCCAGCAGCUCUCACUCCACGAUUGCCUCCAACAGACACCACACCCCACAGAGGACAACCAAACAUGGACAACAGCAUGGAGGCCACAACGACCCAGCGUGGUAGGCAAACUAAAACCCCGGCAAAAUUCAGUCAAAACGGCUCGCUUGGGGCCGCCGUAGGCGGUGGAGGAUUGCUGCCCAGCAGCCAGAAGCUUCUACCGGGAAUCACAGGAGGCGCUACCGCCACCAACAUUCAAAGCGAGGGUGGAGCUGGCCGCCCCCGUAAGGUGGCGGCCACUGCUGUUCCUGCCUCCUCGGGAAACGGAAAGAAGACAAGAGCCCAGGAAUUGGCGGCCGUGAUGCAGGACCCUGCUUUUGCUGACGGCGACGAUGAACAAGCGCGAGGCAGCGACGACAGCAUCGAUGUUGGGAGCGCCAGCGAGGAUGACUCGUUCACCAUCGAUCCGGAUGGCGACCUGGAGAUGGGCAGGGGGAGCGGUGGCGGCAGCUCGAUGGAAGGCGUUGGCGGCAGCUCGAGGGGAAGCGAUAUCGGGGGCUUCAGGGGAAGUGGCAGCGACGUCGUGUCGGCAGGGGCGCCGGGGUCGGCGAAGACCCUCC